AUCAGAGUGUUCCUUCUCUUCACUCUCUUUGCAUCUCUCUGCCGCCGUAUCGCCGCCGUCUCGUCGCCUUCUUUCAUCGAGUGUUUUGAAGUGAGAAGAAAAAAUGGGGGACAAGAGGAAGAAGACGUUCAUGUUCAUCCGCCUUGUCUCAGCUGCUGGAACUGGAUUCUUCUAUGUCAAGAGGAAGAGUACCAAGGGACUUCUUGAGAAGCUCGAGUUCCGUAAGUACGAUCCUAGAGUCAACCGUCAUGUCCUCUUCACUGAGCAGAAGAUGAAGUGACCGGAAACUCGAUUCUCUUGUGUGUGUCUCAUUACAUUCCAAGAGCCAAGAUCUUAUCUCUGCAAGUAGUUUAUUACUUAUCGAUGAAUUAACUUCUCAAGUUUAAGUAUUGGGUGUUUUUAGACUUUGAGAGUGUUUCAGUUUGAGCAUCCUUGAGAACACAUAAAUAGUCAGUACUGUCUCAGGGUGUUUAAAAAAGUAAAAAAACUUUAUCAUAAACCAA